AGGCGGCGCGGCCCCGCCCCUGCCAUGGCCGCCGCCUGGCGCCGGGGCUAAGUGGCCGCCGGCGUCCGGGUACCCGAGGGCUCUCCCGCGUUGCUGGCACCGCUGGCGCCGCGGCCUCGUAGCGCAUGGGCCUCCUCCGAGGCGGGCUCCCAUGCGCUCGGGCCAUGGCGCGCCUGGGCGCUAUACGCUCCCACUACUGCGCCCUGCUGCUGGCCGCGGCGCUGGCCGUCUGCGCCUUCUACUACCUCGGCUCAGGCCGGGAGACCUUCUCCAGCGCCACCAAGAGGCUGAAGGAGGCCCGCGCCGGGGCUCCCGCCGCGCCCUCGCCGCCCGCGCUGGAGCUAGCGCGGGGCUCCGUGGCGCCAGCCCCCGGCGCGAAGGCCAAGAGCUUGGAGGGCGGCGGUGCCGGGCCGGUGGACUACCACCUGCUGAUGAUGUUCACCAAGGCGGAGCACAAUGCCGCGCUGCAGGCCAAGGCCCGCGUCGCGCUGCGCUCACUGCUGCGUCUCGCCAAGUUCGAGGCGCACGAGGUGCUUAACCUUCACUUCGUGAGCGAGGAGGCCAGCCGCGAGGUGGCCAAGGGCCUGCUGCGGGAGCUCCUGCCGCCCGCCGCUGGCUUCAAGUGCAAGGUCAUCUUCCACGACGUUGCUGUGCUGACGGAUAAGCUCUUCCCCGUCGUGGAGGCCAUGCAGAAGCACUUCAGUGCUGGCUCGGGAACCUACUACAGUGACUCCAUCUUCUUCCUCUCGGUCGCCAUGCAUCAGAUCAUGCCCAAAGAGAUCCUGCAGAUCAUUCAGCUGGACCUAGACCUGAAGUUUAAGACCAACAUCCGGGAGUUGUUUGAGGAAUUUGACAGUUUCCUGCCAGGCGCCAUCAUCGGCAUAGCCCGGGAGAUGCAGCCAGUUUACAGGCACACGUUCUGGCAGUUCCGCCAUGAGAACCCCCAGACCCGGGUUGGGGGCCCGCCCCCCGAGGGGCUGCCGGGCUUCAACAGCGGGGUGAUGUUGCUGAACCUGGAGGCCAUGCGCCAGUCCCCGCUCUACAGCCGCCUGCUGGAGCCGGCGCAGGUGCAGCAGCUGGCCGACAAGUACCACUUCCGCGGCCACCUCGGGGACCAGGACUUCUUCACCAUGAUCGGCAUGGAGCACCCCAAGCUCUUCCAUGUGCUGGACUGUACCUGGAACCGGCAGCUGUGCACCUGGUGGAGGGACCAUGGCUACAGUGACGUCUUCGAGGCCUAUUUCAGGUGUGAGGGCCACGUCAAGAUCUACCACGGGAACUGCAACACUCCCAUCCCGGAGGACUAGGCGCACCCCCUGCCUUGCCCCCGGGGCCUCCAGAUCUGGGGGAAGGACAGGGCUCCUUGGGACAGACCCAAGGGCAGUGUCUGACCCGCUAGAGAGACACCGCAGGGAAGUCCUGUGAUUAAGGUGCUGAGACCUCCUGCCGGGCAGGUCACUGUGCUGAGGCCACCCGCCAAGGACUGGCCUGUGCACUGCUGGUGCUUGGGACAUUAUUCCUCCAGGGAGCAGGCGACACAAAGGACACGCAUGUCCAGUGGGCUGGGAAGCAAGCACUUGAAGAGAAGGGGAGAAAGGGUCCCCCUUGCUGUCUGCCUCUGAGGAAUGGAAAUCUUUUAGACCCGGCCUUUUUUGGACCAAUAUAAAUUUAAUUUAAAUUGACAGCCUUCCAUUUUUCGAGAAAGUACAAACAGAACUGCUUUAGCACCCAUCGAGCCCCAAACGGGUAAGGUAAGCCAAGGUUUUAAUGACCAGCCCAGUAUCUAAGCGUCCAAACGAAUGCCAGCCCAUCGCAUACUCACCCUGGGAGGCUGCUGCACGCGCAUUCUCCUGACGCUCACAUCACUUGGUGUAGGUUUCAGGAUCGCCUCUUUGAGGAAGGACUUCAGGACCAACUGGGGCCUGCAUAAGAAAACUUAUCUCAUUAUUAGAGCACUCACAGCUUGUAUCUCCCAGCUACAUCCUAGAACCCCAUUGUCCUUUAUUCAACCAAACCAGCUCCAGGUGACCAGACUCUACUCAGAAAGCAAAUUCAUCAUCAAAGAACAGAGAUUGGCCACCACGAGGACAUGCAGGAGAACUGUCUGGACCAGGAAGACUCAUUCCAAAAAGGAGCCCAGGCCGGGCACAGUCGUCAAGCCUAUAAUCCCAACACUUUGGGAGACCGAGGUGGGGGGAUCGAUUGAGCCUCGGAGGUCGAGAUCAGCCGGGGAAACACAGGGAGGCCCCCAUCGCUACAAAAUAUUUUAAAAAAUUAGCCAGGUGUGGUGGCUUGUGCUUGUUGUCUCGGCUACUUGGGAGGCUGAAGUGGGAGGGUGGCUUGAGUCCAGGAGUUCACUGCACUGAGCUGUGAUCACACCACUGCACUCCAGCCUGGACGACAGAGUGAGACGUCCAUCUCAAAAAAAAAAAAAAAAAAAGGGAACCCAGCAAUUCCCAAGUGUGACCAUGUGGGCUUGGAAGACAUGUCACUCAUGGGCCAGUAAGCAUUCUAGUUUCUUUGUUUACAAAAUCCCCUUAUCAUACCACGUUAGACCGUAGACCUUAGCAGAAAUUAAAGCAUCGUUUCUUUUGAUGGGGCCUCCUGUACGUAGGCUGUAGACGUGAAAGCCCCAGGGGUCCAUUUGUAUCAUCUAGCUGAGGUCCUUGGAGAAAUGCUAUGGAAUUUUCAUCUUGUUUUGUUUUGAUUUCAUUUACGUUUUUCUAUCUUUUUCCCAUGAGUGAGGAUAGCUAAUAAAUCAUCUUUGAGAACA